AUGUUGGCCGCUCUGACGGCUCACAUCUCCGCGGCGGCGGGGCGGGGGGGUGGCGGCGGCGCAGGGGGGGGAGGCCUGGCCGGAACCCGGAUGUCGGCUGCCUCAGCGGCUGGGCUGGGGCGGGCAGGGCGGCUGCUGGCGCUGCUGGGGGGGCCCACAACGCCGUUUGCUGCCGCCUCCGCCACUGCCUGCCACUCCAGCGGCCCAAGAGACCGCUCCUGCCACCGCCGCAGCCCCGCGGAGCCCACGACCGAGAUCGGGCGGGGCCCCGCGGGCGGGGCUAGGGCCGGGGGCCGGGCCGGGGCAGGGGGCGAGAAGGGGGGGGCAGGGUCCCGGGUCGGCGGGGGUGGAAUGGGGGAGGGUAGGGGCCGAGCUGGAAGGCCCCGGAGGCCGCACUUACAGCCGCCGCCACCGCCGCCUGAAGGAGCCCCAUCCAUCCGCCUGCAGCCCCGGACGCUCGCCGCCUGGGAGGGGCCUGGCGCCCGGGCCGCCCGCCUCCCGCCCGCCGUGGCCCGGAGCUUCCUCCGCCUCCGCCAACCGCGGGCCCUGCCCUCCGCCUGCGCCCUCCUCCCCGGGCGCGGCGCGCCGCUGCCGCAGCCAACCGCGCGGCCGCUUGUUGGGCCCAGGCGGGCGGCGGGAGCGUCGGCGUCGGCGUCGCCAUGGCGCCCGGGCCAACACCGCGCCCGCGCCCAGUCCGACAGCAGUCGGGACCCGAGCCUCAGCUCUAACGCCGCCACAGCCGCCUCCAACGCCGCCGCCGUCGCCGCCGCCACCAUGCCCAAGCAGCCCAAUCCCAGCCAGGCCAGUCCCACCCCGAUAAAACCUGGAUCCAUCAAGAGAGUCAGCCUCUCGCUAAGCAAAAUUAGCAUGAGCCGCAGCAAAACGAGCCUGAACCAAAGCCGAACGGCCUUGUCGAGAACCACCAGCGGGCCUACGGAGAUCAAAGGGGAAAAGGGCUCCCACACCGGCAAGUCAGCCGUCCAGGUAUUUGAUUUAUUUGGGAAAGAUGUUACUCCGAGACCCCUUUUCCGUCCAGAUCCACAUUUUGUUGGUUCCAAGAAGGCGAGUAAGCUUCUCGUGUCUCAGGAUGGGUCUCCUUUCACAUCAGAAAUUACAGCCUCCUACACUGUAUAUCAGAAUACCGUGAACCCCAGUGUAAUAGGACAGUUCACAAGGUCAGCGGUAGGAAGCAGCACCAUGUCCAAGUCAAGCAUAUCCACCACGGAGUCUCUUGGAGAAGAACUAGAAGAACCAUCUUAUAGACGAGAGACCCUGGUCAGCUAUAUCGACAUGGUGAGGAAAGACACCAUCAAAGAACUAACGAAGGAAGACCUGGAGGUCGUAGUGGACAUCUACCUCUCUGAGACGGAGACCCUGUGGCUCUUUAACAUGCCCACUCUCAUGUAUUCUGUGGAGUGCGAAGAAGCAGAGAAAAUUAAGGCAAGGAACAUCGUCUAUGACAAUCUGUGCAGAAAUCGAGCCGGCAACGACUUAUACGUUGAGAGGAUAAUGCAGACUUUCAAUGGCGCACCCAAGAACAAGGAAGUUCAGUGUGAAAAAAUCUUAACAGAUGAAAAAGGCAUAAUGUCCACCACCUGGGCUUUAUACGAUGCUUAUCACGAGUUGGAAGUUGCUGAGGUUCCCAUGAAACUGGAAGCACCAAAACAAAGCAUGCAAGAAGGGGGGAAGAAAGAGAAGGAUUUAACGAUGACGACAGACAGAACGAGCAGAAGCAGUUCCACGAUCGAUGUGGAAAGCGUCAUCCUGGCUAAAAUUCACGAAGAGGAGGAAGAUAUGUCAGAGCUGAUCCUGAAGUCGGACAAAUUUGCUCAGGAUUUGUUCUUCAUGGAGAGGAUUCUCAUGGAAAAUGUAUUUCAACCGAAACUGGCAGCUUAUCGGCAGCUUCCUAUUUUGCAGGAAUGGCAGGAAGAUGCCGAAGAGAGUUAUGAUCAACCUUUGCAACCCGCCAAGUCACAGGCUACAGAAAGCACAGACGUACCCCGUGAAGCAGAGGUUAUAGAAGCUACGGAAGAAGCUGCCCCACCCAAUUUAGAAAAACUCUGGUCAUUCUCUUGUGAACUCACCAAAGGGCAGAACGUGAGCAGUAUGGCCUGGAAUAAAAUGAACCCGGACCUGUUGGCUGUGGGCUAUGGCCAUUUUGGCUUUAAAGAACAGAAACGAGGACUGGCUUGCUGUUGGUCUCUAAAGAAUCCUAUGUGGCCGGAACGUGUUUAUCCCAGUCUCUAUGGAGUGACAUCUGUGGAUUUCUCAAUUGCAUCACCAAACCUUCUGGCCGUUGGGUAUUACAAUGGCACCAUAGCCAUCUACAAUGUGCAGAGCAACAAUAAAAUUCCAGUGCUGGACAGUAGUGAAUCUCCUCACAAGCACAUUGGACCAGUUUGGCAACUCCAAUGGGUAGAGCAGGACAGAGGUACGACUGGGGACGAAAAAAGGGAAAUCCUCAUUACUGUUGGGGCAGAUGGAAGAAUCACCAAGUGGAUUAUCCAGAAAGGACUGAUUUGUCAUGAUUUGAUGAAAUUGAAGCGAACAACAACCGAUAGGCAAAGAAAGCAAAAUGAGCGAGAGAAGAAAGGUGAAGCUUUGAUAUCUCGUCAGGCACCUGGGAUGUGUUUUGCUUUUCAUCCCAAGGACACCAACCUCUAUCUGGCUGGUACAGAAGAAGGUCACAUUCAUAAAUGCUCGUGUUCAUAUAACGAGCAGUACCUGGAUACCUACAAAGGUCACAAGGGUCCUGUAUACAGGCUAGCAUGGAACCCCUUUUGCCAUCAUGCAUUCCUGAGCUGCUCUGCAGAUUGGGGUGUGAGUCUCUGGCAUCAGGACAACAUUAAACCAUUUUUGAGUUUUUACAACACUACUAAUGUGAUUUAUGACAUCGCCUGGUCUCCAAAAUCAUCCUAUAUUUUUGCAGCAGCAAAUGAGACCAGAGCAGAGAUCUGGGACCUCCACACCAGUAUUUUGGACCCCAUCAUUGUGAACGGUGCUUACCCAGGAGUGAAAAUUACAACGGUCCUCUUUGCUAAAAAUACAAAUUGCAUUUUAAUUGGCGAUAGUGAAGGACAAGUCAACGUGUAUGAAUUAAAGAACAUGCCGGUUUAUGUGGAGACUGGCCGGGUGGAUGCCAUUGACACUUUACUUGGACCUGAGUCAUACAGUAUGUAAUUUGUUGACGGUUAUAUUUUUUAUAAAAAGAAAAUCAACUGGAUUUUUAUAUCAAUUAGCCACUAUUUUCUGUACUUUAGAGAGACUCUUUGAUUUUGACUUAGGCAUAAUAUCUGUAUUUUUACCUUAUAAUUAAUUUGAAUAUUAAUUGAAUGAAAUAUUAUUGGUACAUUUUAUGUGUGAUUUAAACUGAUUUUAUAAAACUUGUCAGAAGUUCUCCCGCUUUCCUGUGGAAUUUUCCAGAAGAUGGCUGUGGAAUUGCCUAUCAUUUAAUUGGUGUUAACCCAACCCAAAUUAUAAGAAAAAGUCCUCCAGCUGUAAUGACAUAACUUGACAAUUAUUUUUAGAUUCCAAAGUUUGCUGUAAUUGAACAGAAUAAA